AUGUACUUUGAUCCGAUCUCCACACAUUUCGAACUGUGCCCAACGAAAGCCAUGUUUGAAAGCGACAAGUUCUACUGUGAGUCUUCCCAGAGUGAGCUGAUGUCCGAGGCGAAGUCCCCCGGCUCUGGCCCAACCAGUCCUAUCUCGGUCAACUCUGACUCCAGCUGCGCCAGUCCUGAGCCGAAAUCAUCCGCAGAGACGCGGGUCAGAAGGCCGCUGAACGCCUUCAUUAUCUGGACCAAGGAGGAACGCAGACGCUUGGCCCAACUCAACCCUGACCUGGAGAAUACCGACCUCAGCAAAAUUCUCGGUAAGACCUGGAAGGCCAUGUCUCUGGCAGAGAAGCGGCCCUACAUGCAGGAGGCAGAGCGCCUGAGAGUACAGCACACCAUUGACCAUCCCAACUACAAGUACCGGCCUCGCAGGAAGAAACAGCUGAAGAAGGGCCCCAAAGGGCCACUGCCUGUGGAGGCCACUGUCCCUCUCUCCACCCUCUGCAGUAAAGACUUUAACAUGCCUUAUGACCUCAACUACCUCAUCCAGAACCAGUCCCAUCAGCAGCAAGCCUACCCACAUCCAGCCACCUACCCAUCCUCCCAGGCAUACUUUUCCCAUCUUCCCAGGGAGACUUUCCCAGACAGGUUAAUUUACACAAAUCCAGCAGCCACAUUCUCUAACAAGCCUCUAAUGUACUCUAACACUGAGGCAUACCCAGCAGAGCCUCAUCCGUACUACUCUACCCAGCAUGGGCUACAGCACUGUGGGCCCCCCAACCCAGCCUGUGCUAUGUCUCAAGUGGAGCAAGGGGACUUCAGGGCCUCAGGCCCCCAGCUGUGUCCCCCUACUGGCCCCUCUAUGGAGUUCUACCUGGAGCAGGUUCAGCUGGACAUGCUCUAUGAUCUGGACCCCAGUGAGUUUGAACAGUACUUUGGCCCGUCCACAUGCCAGCCGGAGCCCCUGUAG